AUGUACAGACUUCACACCAGAAGAGUAAAAGCCGCCGCUGGGCAUGUGUGGACUUCGAAUCUCCACAGGAUCAGACGAUCUCUUAAAAAUGUUUACCAGAAAUGUAAGACCCGGCACUCGUAUUCAACUAGCUACCCAGCGACUGCUGCUCCUCAUUGUGACCGAGACGAUCUCAGUUUGAAUGGAGAAACUAGUCUAACAGCAAUGCUGCAAGACAUUAAAACGGGACAAAUGGAGCUCCUCAACCAAAUGACCGACAUCGUCAGCCCAAUAUCAAGCAUCCAGGAAGAGAUUCAUCAUUAUCAGAAGCAGAUGGAAGUCCUAGAAACCAGAAUAAACAGUAGCGAAGACAGACAAAUUACAGUCACCAAAGACAUCCUGUCUAUGAAGGAAGACCUAGACACUCUGAAGAAGAAGGUGACGGAGCUAGAGAGCCAGAACUCUUUCUCCAGCAUUCACUGUCUCCAGGUGCUGGAGGGACAGAAGGGUAAAGAAAUUGUACAACUGCUCCAUAAGCUCCUGCAACCUGAAAGACCGGAGGGCACCGCCGCCCCCACAGACACUGCCCUCUCCUCGGCAGAACCAGAGAGAGCGCCCAGCUAUCCGGAGAGUUCUGGUCAGACUAAGAAAAGAACAACGUCUCCUCAAACUGUAACUCUGAAGAAAAAUAACAGCCUCCAAAACUCAUCAGUGAGUUGUAAAAAGGUACAGUCAAAUAUUUAUAUUUACCCUGACUUCAGUACGUGGAUCAAGCUCACUUUUGUUCACAGAGGAAACUGGAGAUUUUUCCUCAGUGCCACCAAGUUAGAGGAAUUCAUCCAAUGGCUACUGUCUAGGCCAACCAUCCUUCCCGAGGAACCACAAAUCGUACCCCAGAGAGACUGGGCCUUCACUGGACCCAUUGAGAGCUUGACCACAAUCUGUCUCUCUCUUUUCAACUAUGUUUACUGCCUUUUUGGUUCUUCAAAAGAGGAAAUAACUCGCCUUUAG